UUGAUCCUUAUCCCUUGACGCUAGAAAAUCUAUGGAGGCAUGAAGAUCCGUCCCUCAAAAUUUCACACCCAACUUCCCAGCCUCAUGUUCCUCCCCAUUCACUUUGCAUUCACAUUCACAUUAUUCACAACUCAACAACAGCAGCAACAACAACAAUAAUCUAUCACCUCACCAUUUAGCAACAGCAACAUCAACAGCAUAUUCCUUCCAAUCUCCUUCCAACACACACUCUCACACGCACGCAUAUCCAUUCGUUCUUUUCACUCUCUUUCUCUCUCGCAUGGCUUCCAUGACCGCUCCAACCCUCACCUUCCCUAACAAGAAGCUUGCCGUUCCGUUUCCCGCGCGAACGCCGUCGCUCCUUUCCUUACCGUCCUUCUCUCCCUGCCGCUGCCUCUCCUCCGACGACCGCAGCGGCGCCAAACGCGGUUGGGAUUCCGUGCUGCACCACUUCUCCGAGGUCGCCAAGCGCGUCGAUUCUUACUGGAAGUCCCUCGGGAACGCCGUCGAAGAUCGUAGCCGCGCCGCUGGCCGCGACGAGGAUUGGGAUUGGGAUCGGUGGCGCCGGCAUUUCGAGGAAAUCGACGAGCAAGAGCGUCUCCUCUCAAUUCUCAAGUCUCAGUUAAGUCGGGCUGUGUAUUUGGAGAACUACGAAGAUGCCGCCAGGCUAAAGGUGGCUUUUGCGGCUGCAGCUAACAAUGACAGUGUUGGAAGAGUGAUGUCUUAUCUCAACAGAGCCAUUAAAGAGGAGCGGUAUGGUGAUGCAGCUUUCUUAAGAGAUAAAGCUGGCGCUGGACUUGUGGGUUGGUGGGCUGGUAUUUCUGAAGAUGUUAAAGAUCCACAUGGUCUAAUUAUUCGUAUAACUCCUGAGCAUGGAAGAUAUGUGGCAAGGAGUUAUAGUCCUAGGCAACUUGCAACUUCUGCCGCUGGCAUUCCUCUAUUUGAAAUUUUUCUUACAAUGGAUAAAAAAGGUGAAUUCAAGUCACAGGCUGUGUACUUGAAGCGAAGAGGAGCCUUCCAUGGACCCCCAACAGCAUCUUCUAAAACAUUGGAUGCUACCGGGAGACUGAGUUCAGUGGAAUCUACUGAAGACAAAAGUGAAUUGUUUGUUGUGAGUACUGAAGAUCCAGAAAAUGGUGAUGAUAGGAAUGAUGGCAAUGAUCCAGUUGAGGGAAUGCCUGGAUUUCAGAAUGUCUUGAAAGAUAUGAUUCCUGGAGUAAAGGUGAAGGUUUUCAAGGUCAUAACUCCAGAGAAAGUAGACACCGAUCUAUCUGAUGUGAUUGAGCAGAUAAUUGAUGAUGAAGAUGAAGAUGAAGGCAGUGAUCAAGAUGAAGAUGAUGAUGAUGAUGAUGACGACGAUGAUGAUGAUGAAGACGAAGACAGAGAGAAAGAAAAAGAUAUAGAAAAUCUAGAACUGGAAGAUAUUAAAUCUGAGACUGAGCUGGAGGGAGAUGAUGAGAUUGAAGUAAACGCUGGUAUGGGAACUUUUGGGCGUGAAGAACAGAAUGAAUUUGCUGUCAAAAUUGCCAUUGGUGGUCUUGUUCAGAAACUUUCCAGUAAUCUAUCUACUAGAGAUUUGCUUCGAGUUCCUGCUAAGCUGGAUAUGAAGGGGUAUGGUUCAUUUUCGUUUACUGUUGAAAAAGAAGUCAAUCAGCCGAUUGGUCUUGACAAAGGAAAAUCUUCAUCUGAUAAAUCAGCUAAGUUUCAAGGUCGUCGCAGAGUUGAUCAUAUUAUUUUUGACCUUGCUAAAUUUAUUGGCAAGGGAAAGAUACCAUCAAAGGUGCUGAAAGAGGUGGGAGAAUUGAUAAAUCUCACACUAAGUCAGGCUCAAAACCAUCACCAAUUAUCUGGGUCAACUAUUUUCAAUCGCAUCAAAAUACCAACUUCUUUUGAUCCUUUAAAUGGUCUGUACAUUGGUGCACAUGGACUUUACUCCAGUGAAGUUAUUCAUCUAAGACGUAGAUUUGGACAGUGGCAAGAAGAUAAUGGAGCCAAGGAACCUUCAGAUCUUGAGUUUUAUGAGUAUGUUGAAGCUUUUAAGCUAACAGGAGAUCCUUAUGUACCAGCUGGCCAGGUGGCAUUCCGUGCAAAAAUUGGAAAGAGGUAUCAACUACCUCAUAAAGGGAUAAUACCUGAAGAGUUUGGUGUGAUUGCUCGCUACAAAGGCGAAGGGAGGCUGGCUGAGCCAGGGUUUCAAAAUCCCCGAUGGGUUGAUGGUGAACUUGUGAUUCUCGAUGGAAAGCACCUAAAAGCAGGCCCAGUUGUUGGAUUUGUGUACUGGGCCCCUGAGUACCAUUUUUUGGUCUUCUUCAAUCGGCUUAGGCUUCAACAAUAGGGUUUUGUUCAUAAUGUCAGAGACUUGUAAAUUCUUUCUUCAGAUUCUCAGCUUUGAUCUACCAACAGUUAUAUCAGUAACUAUUUGCUCUGUUAGACCAUUUUCAAGUGCCUUGCUGCUGCUAGAGAGAAGACUAGGAGUUUCAUCAGUAAUUGCUAUGUUUUCAUCCUAAAUGAGUCUAUUCUGAGGAACAAACGCAAAGGCCAAGGAUGAUAUGGCUACACGUGCUUUUGGUUUGAGAGUCAAUGAUUAUAGCUCAAAUUACUAUAAAUAGGAAAGGGAAUCAACAAAUGCUUUUUUCUUUUUUUUUUCUGGGAGCAAUUGAUAUUACACUCUACUUGGUAGAUAUAGAGCAGAAGGCACUAGAUCACAAUUUGAGUCACCAAACAGUUGCAAGGGCAACUGAAAUGGCAGCUGGUUCAGAAUAUUUUGUUAGGGAUAUAGCGAGAUGUCUAAAGGAUAGGCGAAGGUUUCAGUUCAGAUUCUCAAGUCAAUAAUUUUUGAAAAGUAGACAAUAUGGAAAGGAUUAAGAGAUGACUAAAUUAACGACCGAAUUCAAAGAUUGUAGCAUCAGCUGAUAAUACUAAGGAUUAGAAGAAAAACGCUUAUGUGGCUAAAUCCCGUAUGGUUAAGCUUAUCUUUGCCUAAAGGUAAUUUAUAAAGCAGGUCAUACCGAAAGGUGUGAUGGCGUAAAAGUAAAGUGGCUUAUUUAUUAGGAAAUCGGAUGGAGUAUGGACUUGAUUAUGGAGAAUGGAAGAAAGCUUGAUUGAUCCAAUGUGAGUAUAAAUAUGAGUAUGAUAGGGAUGGUACUAGCUAUGUCAUUCAAUCACUCAAUCCCUUGUUCUUCCUUCUAGGGGUGUGUGAGCAUGAGAGGUUUGGUGCUUGAUACCACAAAAAGCUGUAAAGAACUGAAAAUGCACGAAAAAUUAUCUCUUUAGAUUAUAUUUUCCUGUUUCCUUGUUUACUAGCUUUGAUAUUUCCAUGUUUAUUAGCAUUUGAUUACCUUCUCCUUGAAUCAUAUGGAUUCAAUUACACUGGAAUUCUGAUAUAAAAUCAAAUUGCUUAGAUUAGAGCUAAGCAAUACGCCAUAUCUUGUUUUUCUGAAGUUUAUAGAAACACCUUCACCAACAUAUAUUACUUAAUGUAAAAAUAGAAACAAUGUUAUCAAAAUCGAAAUUUAACGUUGGACUGGGAGGGGUGAAAGAUAUCGUAGGAUGUGACGGGCAUCCUGCGUUCUUACUAAAAUUGUGAAAUACGUUUUAGCAUAUACCAAUGCGAAGAGUGACGCUAAUGAAAAUAACCUCUAAAUCACUGCCUUGCACAGUCUACCACUAAGCUUUGAAACUUGGUGAGUAAUUGGUAAUUUGGUAUGAGAUUGUUUAUUGGCAUUGACAAUGGAUCAUGGUACUGGUUUUCUUCUCCGAGCUCUAGACCUGGAUACAGUGGAAACCGAGAAGAAAAGUAGAAAACUUUGAAACGGGAAACAUGAAACUCUUGAGGUUUUCUUUUCUUGUAUUACUAAAUAAUGAAACUCCCGUAACACAUUGAUAAGCACUCGUGCACUUGGAGAACCCCACAUAAGUACUGUAGCGAGCAUACUCGCACCUGUGUAUUGCCUUAUAAGGUUGAUCAUUAGGUUAAAAUUAAUAAAGAUAAAAUAGUUUUUCUAUGAUCUAAAAGCUUUGUUCUAUCAAGUGCAUCCCAAAUUUUAGGGAAGAAAAUUCGGGUUAAGCCAUGUAUGAAAUCGAUUAUGAUCCAUCUUCUUCCAUUGUGUUCCAUUCCUAUUCAAACUCAACAGUAGAAUAAUUUUUCCUUCCACUUCAUACCUUUACAUUCCACCCUUUACCACCAAUCCAUACAUGGCCUUGAACACUAUGUAAUACUCUAGUCCCUAUUACACAUUAGAGCAAUCAAUAAUAAUUUACUCGCUUUUAAUACGGAGCUUUAAGUUUGGUCAGAAGACAGCAGAAAACUAUUUAUAAAAAUGGAAUUUCUGUUUUGAAAUUUCGAUUGCUGGGUUGCUAAUGCUGAAGUUUUUUAUUCUGUAUAUUUUUUGUUUUGGUUUCUAGUGGAUUUGUCAUGAAAGUGUAUGGUUGAUUCUAAAUAUUUAAAUUGGUUACCGUAUCAUGUUGGAAGUUUAUUUAAUAUGUGAUG